AUGUCUGAGUCGUCCUUCGAUGGUUCCGGAAGCUCUUUGGAAGCUCCUGAAGUGAGUUUUUCAAAUCAAAACUCGAAAAAAAAUCAUUAAUUUUCCAGGAAAGCCCAUUCACGACCUACCACCAACAAAUGUUCGUCGAAAUGUUCCCAUCGCAGUUGGACAUGGACAAGUCGACAAUUUAUUCGUGAGUUUUCUUCAAUUUGUACGUAAUUUACAGUAAAAAAAUAUUUUCAGGCAUCCGCUUUUUCCGCUUUUGGGAAUCCUGAUGGAAAAAUGCCAGUAUGCCAUGGCGACCAACCGGCCUCAGCAACCGUUUCAGAACGACUUGGCUCAUUUUGUAGCAUACGUAGGCUUUUCUCAACUUUCCAAUGCGUGUACCAGCCCCUGGAAGGGGUUGCGUACGCCGAAUGCCUCUGGCAUCCUCGUAGCAUCGGUGGUUCAGUGGUAGAAUGCUCGCCUGCCACGCGGGCGGCCCGGGUUCGAUUCCCGGCCGAUGCAAUUCUUUUUUGCCUUUUUUUCUAAUCGUUGUUAUUAAGUUACAAGGAAAUCCAAACGACAAUCCUUACAUUCCGAACAAGGAAGUUGACGACUACAUGCUCAAGUCGAUCCAGCUUCUUUUUCAUCAACUUCAGGAGCUAGAGAAGGUUAUUUUUCUUGAGAAAACCUUUAAAAUGCGGCUUCUUUUUUAGGCGUUCGGAUUCGCGGAGACUUUCGCCCGUCGUUACGAGGACUGCUUGUCGAUGCGCCUGCAGAAGUUGCAAGAACAGAUGAAAAACCCUUAA